UCCAGCGGAUGGUGGCGAAGGUGGCGGGGGUACCGGCAGCGAGCUGUUCGGGGGAAGAAGAAAGAUGGAAAGUGGUGCAGUUCUGCUGGAAUCAAAGUCCUCGCCUUAUAACCUUCUGCAUGAAAUGCAUGAGCUGCGCCUUCUGGGCCACCUGUGUGACGUCACAGUCAGUGUUGAGUAUCAGGGCGUCCGGGAAGACUUCAUGGCCCACAAAGCAGUAUUGGCAGCCACCAGCAAGUUUUUUAAGGAGAUGUUCCUUAAUGAGAAGACUGUAGUUGGUACCAGGACUAAUGUCUACUUAAAUGAAGUGCAAGUUGUUGACUUUGCUUCAUUUCUGGAGUUUGUCUACACCGCCAAGGUACAAGUAGAAGAGGAUCGGGUGCAGCGGAUGCUGGAAAUGGCUGAAAAGCUGAAGUGUUUGGACCUAUCAGAAACAUGUUUUCAGUUAAAGAAGCAGAUGCUAGAGUCAGUUCUCUUAGAAUUGCAGAAUUUCUCAGAGUCUCAGGAGGCAGAGGUGAAUAGUGGCCCCCAGGUCACUGUUGCCCUGGGCUCUAGGUCAAAUGCUGUCACAGCCAGGGACUAUGCUCACUCCACUGGCCUUAUAGAUCCCACAGAUUACCCAGUGGAGAAAGUGAGCAACGGCCAACCCCCAGAUAUGCCACCCAGGAAGGCCAAGGAGAAACUUGAGAAGAAGAAGGAGGUGGCUAAGCCCCCCUACCCCAAAAUCAGAAGGGCUAGUGGAAGGCUGGCUGGAAGGAAGGUAUUUGUGGAAAUCCCUAAGAAGAAAUACACAAGACGCCUCCGAGAGCAGCAGAAGAGUGCUGAAGAGGAAUUGGAGGACUACAGGUGUCCCCAGGACCAAAGUGCAGACCCUGUGGGCGUCGAGAUGGGGCCUGUGGUACAAAACGAGGGUUGCAGUGCUGGCGAGGAGGUGGAGGAAGUGCUGCCCAAAGCCUCAGGGGAAGGGGAAGAGGAACGAGAUGGGGAGAGAGAAGGGGAGGACGGGGAGGGGGAGGAGGAGGAGGAGGAGAAGAAGAAGAGCAACUUCCAGUGCACCAGCUGCCAGAAGGCGUUCCUGUACGAGAAGAGCUUCCUGAAGCACAUCAAGCACCAUCACGGCGUGGCCACCGAAGUGGCCUACCGCUGCGAAACCUGCGGCCAGACCUUCGCCAACCGCUGCAACCUCAAGAGCCACCAGCGCCACGUGCACAGCAGCGAGCGCCACUUCCCCUGCGACCUGUGCGGGAAGAAGUUCAAGCGCAAGAAGGACGUGAAGCGGCACGUAGUGCAGGUGCACGAGGGCGGCGGCGAGCGGCACCGCUGCGGCCAGUGCGGCAAGGGGCUGAGCUCCAAGACGGCGCUGCGGCUGCACGAGCGCACGCACACCGGCGACCGGCCCUACGGCUGCACCGAGUGCGGCGCCAAGUUCUCGCAGCCGUCGGCGCUCAAGACCCACAUGAGAAUUCAUACAGGGGAAAAACCUUUUGUCUGUGAUGAAUGUGGUGCAAGAUUCACUCAGAACCAUAUGCUGAUUUAUCAUAAAAGGUGCCACACAGGUGAAAGGCCUUUUAUGUGUGAAACGUGUGGCAAGAGUUUUGCUUCUAAGGAGUAUUUAAAACACCACAAUAGAAUCCAUACUGGAUCAAAACCCUUUAAAUGUGAAGUAUGUUUCAGGACUUUUGCUCAGCGGAAUUCUCUUUAUCAGCACAUUAAAGUCCAUACAGGAGAACGGCCCUAUUGUUGUGACCAGUGUGGGAAGCAGUUCACCCAGCUUAACGCCCUCCAGCGCCACCAUCGCAUCCACACAGGAGAAAAGCCAUUCAUGUGCAAUGCAUGUGGAAGGACGUUUACUGACAAGUCCACUCUCCGGCGGCAUACCUCAAUACACGAUAAGAAUACUCCAUGGAAGUCUUUCCUUGUUAUUGUAGAUGGCUCACCUAAGAAUGAUGAAGACCACAAGACAGAGCAGCCUGAUGACGAAUAUGCAUCCCCCAAACUUUCGGAUAAAUUGCUGUCUUUUGCAGAAAAUGGCCAUUUUCACAACCUGGCCACGGUCCAAGGUGGUGUACCCCCUGUGCAUGAAAACAGUUCUGCAGACACCGCCUGCAAGGCAGAUGACUCCCAGGACACGCUGCUGGCCACCACCAUCAGUGAGCUCAGUGAGCUGACUCCACAGACAGACUCCAUGCCCACACAACUUCACACUUUGACCAACAUGGAAUGAAAGCUUGCAGUUGUGUACCAAGAUUGUGUGUGAUAGCGAUAUUCUGGGUAAUUCUAGAUUAGCUGAGAAAAAGAACUGUGUGCAGAGAGGUGGGCAAGGAUGACCACUUACAGAUGUUCCUGAACUCCACUCACUUGCAUGGCUUUACCACACCACUUUUAAAGCUUUCCUGUAAAAUUUCUGAUCUGCAUGAUCUCAGCUACACUUUUUAUCAGCAAACAGGGCAGUUAACAUAAGCUUACUUAGUGCUGCUGUAGGCUGUGUGCAUCAAUCAUUCUAAUGCUUGAUUCUCUUGAUAUUUAACCACUGCUUGUCUUAACUGCAGAGUACAGAGCAUUGACCCAGCUCAUGAAAUUGCUGUUAAUGGUCUUCCUGGUCUCGCCCUGCCUUAUACUUCCAUGAGUGUUUACUUCCUUGAUCCUCUAAGGUAUUUUUCUAGUAAGCUGAAAUUAGACUGGGUCUACCAAUUUUCAGCAAUUUCUUCCUUGUGAGUCGAAUCAAAUCAGCUUUGCUCUGGAGACCCUUGAGUGGGACCGAAGAAAUGGAUUAUUGCAGUCAUUCCUCCCUAACCCCAUUUAUAGACACUAAAAAAGGAAUGACAACUUGAACUCUUAUGAGGCAUAGUAUCUCCACUCACAGCACCUGUGUAGCUGGGGAGUUUGUUAUAAAACCACCUUUUGAAUUGAAAUGUGGUUGUUCAGUUUCAUUCCUAAAAAUCAGAUUAGGUAAAAGCUGUCCUACCAAAGAGUCUAGUAAAACUGUAGUAUUUCUUUUCUUUUUCUUUUUGCAAAAGAUCUGAGAAAUGACAAGGUAUUAGCAUACUUGGGUAGUCAUUUUAUUCAGAAGUAGCAAAAAGAGGUGACUGGUAAACUUUAGAUUUAUUAGUAUUUUUGCUAGUUUUAUCUCUUGAAUUCUCUAAUUUCCAGAAACUCGAGACUUGUUCAUGUCCACACUGAAUGGCUGAAAGUCUAGUAAUUGCCACAAUCUUCUUUGGGAGCCUGUAAGAAUCUUUAGAAGGGACCAGAAGCCUCAGCACACUCAUCUCUGACUAUGCCUUAAUAAGUGGAUCAUAAAGAACCAGUUACUUUGUCUUAAAUGCUCCUUUGGCUAUACCACACUGGACUUAAUUAUUGCUCAAAAUAAUUCACAAUGAAAAAAAUUCAAUUUUACUUGUUCUUCCUGGCGUUUGAUUCCAAGGCCUUGGUGUGGCUGUGCACUUGUGAAAUGCUCUGAUUCAUGUGUAACCCUUCAACAUACCAAUUUUAGAAAAGCGCCUUAAAGGGAGAAUUCUUUGCUAGUUACUUUUUUCCCUCUAUUUUUAAUUUAUUAAAUAUUCUGUGAGACACUUUGAUUUUUUAAGAGGAAGGUACCUUAUCUUUAAAUUCCAGGAUGAAGACAUGGCUACACUGAGACAAACUGAGGUAACUUUGACAUUUAAGAGACUAGAGAAGCCACUACCAGGUGUUUUGGGCACUGAUGUUUCACACCUGCUCUUGAAGGUCAUAGGACUCUGAAUUAUGACCUUGGCAUUGAAUCCUAUUUGUGUUUACAGAACAAAACAAUAGUGAUGGUCACACUACCAUUUGAAACUUGGUAAAAGUGAACCUUCCCAGCAAAUGAUGUACUGUUUUAUGGAAUAAAGUCAUCUUGAUGAGAGAGAAUUAAAACAAAAUUAUUUUGUUAUUUACUAGAAUUUUUGUCUUGAACUUGUUUCUUUAGAAGUUCUACAUAAAAUUGUUUAAAGUGUUAAUAAAUGUCUGC